UCUUGCUCGAUCGGCUUCUCCCUCCUCUCAUAGACCUCUCACUGUCUCUGUGUCUCGUCCUCUGUUCCUCUCGAUUAGGGUUUCUCUCGGUCUCACUUCUCUCAGAUCCCUCCCCCCCCCUCUCUCUCUCUCUCGGUCCCGAAGCCCAAAACUUUUGGGUUCGAAACCCUAGCCUCAGCUGCUAUCCUCACAGUGCUCCUACCUGUCCGGCGCUGCUACAGUGGGCUCUCCAUCUCUCAGCUUCUCUCCCGUGCUCCCUGUCUCACUGUCCAGCAACACAAUUUCUCUCUCUACCCUAGGCUUCCAAGCGACCAAACAGACCCAAAAACUCUUUCUAAGAUGACGAAGGCGGUGAAGGAGAAGAAAGUGAACAUCUCCGGAAAGCCGAAGCAUUCGCUGGACUCGAACCGUAAAGAUGGGACCGAUGGCUCGCGCAGCGCCGCCACGGUUCGGCGCCUCAAGAUGUACAACACGAGGCCCAAGCGGAACAGUGCAGGAAAGGUUCUCAAGAAUGAGUUUCAGUCCAAGGAAUUGCCCAACACUCGAAUCCAACCCGACCGCCGCUGGUUCGGGAAUACUCGAGUUGUAAAUCAGAAAGAGCUUGAAUUUUUCCGUGAAGAACUUCAAAACCGGAUGUCCAGCAACUACAAUGUCAUUUUGAGAGAGAAGAAACUACCCUUGUCCCUCUUGAAUGAUCGCCAAAAGCAAACCAGAGUUCAUCUUCUUGAUACUGAGCCAUUUGGGGAUGCAUUUGGACCUAAGACUAAGAGGAAGCGCCCAAAGCUAUUGGCAGCAGAUUAUGAGUCAUUGGUUAAGAAAGCUGAUGGUUCUCAGGAUGCCUUUGAGGAGAAACAUGCUGCUAGUGCCUCUGUAGAAGGAACUGAAGAAGAUGGACUUAGGGACCUGGUUCGGCAUACAAUGUUCGAGAAAGGUCAAAGUAAACGUAUAUGGGGCGAGCUCUAUAAAGUAAUUGACUCUUCGGAUGUGGUUGUCCAGGUUUUGGAUGCAAGGGACCCACAAGGUACUAGAUGUUACCAUCUAGAGAGACAUUUGAAAGAGCAUUGCAAGCACAAGCACUUGAUUCUUCUGUUAAACAAGUGUGAUUUGAUUCCUGCUUGGGCAACAAAAGGAUGGCUUAGAGUGUUAUCCAAGGAAUACCCUACUCUAGCAUUUCAUGCAAGCAUAAACAAGUCUUUUGGCAAGGGUUCUCUUCUGUCAGUACUGAGACAAUUCGCUCGGUUAAAAAGUGACAAGCAAGCUAUAUCUGUUGGAUUUGUUGGGUAUCCUAAUGUGGGAAAAUCUUCAGUUAUUAACACAUUGCGUACAAAAAAUGUUUGCAAGGUUGCUCCAAUUCCAGGCGAGACUAAAGUGUGGCAGUAUAUAACCCUCACAAAGAGGAUCUUCUUGAUUGAUUGCCCUGGGGUUGUUUACCAAAACAGUGACUCUGAAACAGAUAUUGUACUUAAGGGUGUGGUACGUGUCACAAAUUUGGAGGAUGCUGCUGAACACAUUGGAGAAGUUUUGAAACGUGUAAAGAAGGAGCACCUGAAAAGAGCAUAUAAGAUCAAACACUGGGAUGAUGAAAACGACUUUCUACUUCAGCUAUGCAAAUUGACUGGCAAGCUUUUGAAGGGUGGGGAACCUGACUUGACGACUGUGGCAAAGAUGGUCCUCCAUGACUGGCAGAGGGGUAAGAUACCCUUUUUUGUUCCCCCACCACGACAAGAUGAGUCAUUGGAGGAACCCAAUUUUAUUGGUACUGACAAAGAUGAAGGUGUGGAGAGUAGUGAGGCAUCUGCAGCUUUUAAAGCCAUUGCAAAUGUUAUAUCAUCCCAGCAACAAAAAUCGGUCCCUGUUCAAAGGGAUCUCUUCAGUGAGAAUGAGUUGAAGGGCGACACAGAUGCACCACUUCCAACUACUGAGGGUGAGACAUCCAAGCAGCUCUAUCCUGCCACAAUGGGUGAUUUGCCAGAGCUGCUCCCAGCAACCGAGGACAAGAUUUCCGACCAGCUUCCUGCUAGUGAGUCAUAGGUUUUUGUUUCGUAUCAUCGACAGUCGUCUUUUUGUAGUCUGGGAAAUUUUGUGUUUUCAAGUUACAGGAGUAUCCAAUUGCUAGUUUGUUUUAAUUAUGUCAUAUUGCGAAGUUUUUCUUUUCCCAAAUCGUGUACAAGUCUGGAAAAAAUAAGUCAGGAAAGCGUGCAAUGAGUGGGCGUUUUUAGCCUUUGGUCCAACAGUUCCAAGUC